GGGCAAAAGUGCAUCAUUCAACGCCUCCAGCCUAGACGAGGAGUACAAUCCGCCCAUCCUAUAACCACCCAAUGAAAUAAUUACAGUGGCCCGUCACUAGGCAGUAUAACGUGUGGCUGGCCAAUUAUCUUUUUCUUGGCCUAGAAGGGCGCAGGGAGUUGAAGGUAACCGAGUGGCAGCGAUCGAGUCCCGGGGAAAUCUGUCACGGAGUCACCGUGAAAAAGAUCAACAGCCACAACAUGCCGAAUAAAACUAAAAAGGAAAAGGAACCAACCAAAUCUGCCAAAAUCAGCACUAAAAACAGUAAUGCCACUAGUGGGAAAGACACAGGAACUGAAAAUGCAGAUGAGGCGGCGCAGCAGCAGACUGCCAGCAAGCGUCCCAGCAAUAGCACCCCUCCACCCACUCAGCUCAACAAGAUCAAGUACUCUAGCGGUCCCCAGAUCGUCAAGAAGGAGCGUCGCCAGAGUUCGUCACGAUUCAACCUCGCCAAGAACCGCGAGCUGCAGAAACUUCCUGCCCUCAAAGAUGCACCUCUUAUCGACCGGGAAGAGCUGUUUGUGCAGAAGCUGCGCCAGUGCUGCGUACUCUUUGACUUUGUCACGGACCCCCUAAGCGACCUGAAGUACAAGGAGGUGAAGCGUGCUGGUCUGAAUGAGAUGGUGGAGUACAUCACGCACAACCGCGACGUGGUCACCGAGUCCAUCUAUCCCGAGGGUGUCAUCAUGUUUUCAGUCAACCUGUUCAGGACCCUACCACCAUCCUCCAACCCCACGGGGGCUGAGUUUGACCCAGAAGAGGACGAGCCCACACUGGAGGCUGCUUGGCCACACCUACAGCUGGUGUACGAAUUCUUCUUACGAUUCCUGGAGUCCCCUGAUUUCCAGCCUAAUGUCGCCAAAAAAUACAUUGACCAAAAGUUUGUACUGUCUCUACUGGAGCUGUUUGACAGUGAAGACCCCAGGGAGCGGGACUUCCUGAAGACCAUCCUCCACAGGAUCUACGGCAAGUUCCUGGGUCUCCGGGCCUACAUCCGCAGACAGAUCAACAACAUAUUCUACAGGUUUAUAUAUGAAACCGAGCAUCACAAUGGAAUCGCCGAGCUCUUAGAAAUCUUAGGAAGCAUAAUCAACGGCUUUGCCCUGCCAUUGAAAGAGGAGCACAAAAUGUUCUUGAUUCGAGUGCUGCUGCCGCUUCACAAAGUGAAGUCACUCAGCGUCUACCACCCACAGCUGGCGUAUUGCGUCGUGCAGUUCUUGGAAAAGGACAGCAGUCUAACUGAACCAGUGAUCAUGGGCUUGCUGAAGUUCUGGCCUAAGACCCACAGCCCCAAAGAGGUGAUGUUCCUCAACGAGCUGGAGGAGAUCCUGGACGUCAUCGAGCCGUCUGAGUUCGUCAAGGUCAUGGAGCCCCUGUUCAGACAGCUGGCCAAGUGUGUUUCCAGUCCACACUUCCAGGUGGCAGAGAGGGCGCUGUACUACUGGAACAACGAGUACAUCAUGAGUCUGAUCAGUGACAACGCCGCCAAGAUCCUCCCCAUCAUGUUCCCUGCUCUCUACAAGAACUCCAAGAGCCACUGGAACAAGACAAUCCAUGGGCUGAUCUACAACGCCCUGAAGCUCUUCAUGGAGAUGAACCAGAAGCUGUUUGAUGACUGCACCCAGCAGUACAAGGCUGAGAAACAGAAAGAGAAGUACAAGCUGAAAGAGCGUGAGGAGGUCUGGCACAAGAUCGAGGAGCUGGCCAAGCAUAACCCUCAGGUUACCAAACUCCGACCUGGUCUCCACCCGCAAGAAGAGUACAUGAUGUACAAUGAGAGUCCGGGAGGGGUGCCCUUGUACUCCAUGGAGACGGAGACGCCAACUGCUGAGGACAUUCAGCUGCUGAAGAAGACUGUCGAGACAGAGGCCACACAGGGGAUGAAGGACAUCAAGAAAGACAAGGUGUUGAUGCGGCGGAAGUCGGAGCUGCCGCAGGACGUGUACACUAUAAAAGCCCUGGAGCAACACAAGCGAGCGGAGGAGUACCUGACGGCCAAUGAGGAGGCCCUCUGACCAGGGAGCAGUGGCACCCUCCAUGCCUAACUCCCCCCAACCCACCCCCCUCCUGUCCGUCUCUCGUCCAAACAGCCGCCUACUGUACACCUGACAGCCCCCUCUUCGCCUCCGCUUCUCCUCCCCCUCCACCCCUCCAUCUCUGCCGGAGAGCGCCAUCUGCAGAAAACCAGGGCCAUCAGAGUUAGACAAGAACACACACACACUCCUAUACGCACAUAUAGGAACGUACAGAUAUACACACAGACAUACAAAUUGUUCCAACUUCCAAAUACUCACGUAUACGUGACUACAGUGGGCCGGUUUGUUAGCUUGCACGAGGACAACCAUUAUACAACUGUAGUAUUAAGCAUCCGUGACGCAUGUUUCUUUGUUUUGUUUCUGUUUCCUUUCGGAUUGGUUUUGGUUGUCCUCAUGUUCCUCCCGCUUACUGUGAUCUGCUGUGCUGAAAGGGAACAUUACCUAUAGAGGGCAGUCGAGUGAGUGGUGGUCCCGCUAGCUUGUCUGGAGUGAGGGGGUGUGGGUUAUCUGAUUGGUUUGGUGGAUAAUAGGGCCAUGCUCUAGUCUAGCUGGAUGUCUGAUGGAACUAGUGGUUCUGCUCUGUAAAAUAAAAAUAAAAAUACCUCGCUGUCAGAUCAUGUCCAGGCAGCAUAGUAUAUUUUGGAGAAGCGAAGUCUGGGACACAAAGCUUACAAGGCAAAGCAAUGACAUGAGAGGACUAGGAAUCAAGAUGGCUGCCUUUAUCUUAAUUUAAUUACUGUUUGUCAGUCUCUUCCAUGAAACAGUUUUUCUCACUCUUUUGUACUGUAGUUGUAGCUUCAUGAAGUCACCUCUUUGCGUCAUUAAAUCAUGGCCUUACAGCAUCUGUUGAAUGACAUUCUCCCUGUUGAUUAGUCGUAAGCUAAUAGCAUGAUUGUAAGCCUAGAUAAUUGGUGUAUGCAGGGCAGUCAGUCCGGGUCUCAAUUUACUGUUGAGUGUUAGAAUAGUAGAAUACACAAGGUGCAAUUGAGAUAUUUGGUUGUGCAUUGGCAGUUUUCCGCUUAUGUCUGUCACUGACAGUCACUCAAUUAGCCCAUGUCCGUAAACAUUUUUUAGCUGGGUAGACUAAUUUACCAAUCUAUCUAAACUUGUAGUAAUCAUGGCCAAAUUACAGACCAGGCAUGAAGGGCACUUGCCUAGGGGCCCUGACCUCAAGGGGGCCCCCCUAACUAUAGAUAUCAUAUUAACAUGGCAAAAUGUGUAGAAUUGCAGGAAAUUAGCUGUAAAAUUGCAAAUUUCUCUCUGCCCCAUGGCAAAAAGAGUGAAAUGAGUUAUAAAAUUGUUUUGCCUGCGAGGUGCCCCCCCUACCAAACCUCGCCUAGUUCCCCCAAAAGGCUCGGGCUGGCCCUCGGCAUAUGUCAGACUCAAUGAGAAAACAAUAAUAGAGCUCCCGUUGAAAAAUGUUUCCUGUAUUUUUAUAACUAGAGGUGUAGCUCAAAAACAAAUCAUGUCGCUGUGUCAAAAAGAAACCUCAGAAAAUAAUUCAGUUAAAUCAAAUCAAACUUUAUUUGCCACAUGCGCCGAAUACAACAAGUGUAGACUUUACCGUGAAAUGCUUACUUACAAGCCCUUAACAAACAGUGCAGUUCAAGAAGAAAAUGUUUACCAAGUAGGCAAAAAUCAAAAGUAACACAAUAAGAAUAAGAUCGGAUGUCCAGGUAAUAUUGUUCUUUAGGAAAGGUAACCAUAAGCUGCUGCAGUGUCCGUCCAUCCUUUUCUCAGUUUCCUUAAAGAUAACCUUCUCACUCUGCUCUGUCCAGACUCUGACUGUCAUUCCUUCCUUCAUAAUUAUAUUGUGUUUAUUAAUGUUUCUGUCCCAAUGGGUAACAUCCCCUCUGCCUCUUUAGUCAUUCCUCUGUAGCCAUCUUCUGGCCUUUCCAUCUUAUGUGUUUGUGGAUUUAUGUUUCUUAUUGAUGAAAAUGCACCUCUGUUGAGGUAGCCUCAUUGUGGAAAGGAAAGGGUUAUUCCAGUUCAAGUGUAGGGAAUCUCUACAAAAUAUCCUAUUCCCCUUUCUCCUCUAAACCGGCUUGAUUCUAUAGGUCUCUUUCCUAGCCUAAGCAAUAUUUUUAGUUGAAGAAACAAACUCAUGCACUUGAAUGGUGUAUGGAAGUGCGCAAAACAAUCCUCCUCAUAGGACUAUCUACAGAUAAAAAAAUAUAUAUAAUUGCUUUACCAGCACAUAUGGGAAAAAGGAAAGGCUGCGGUUACUGUUGCAAAUGUGUACUGUAUAUUGUAAUGUAUAUUGCUUAGGGUUGCACCCCUACCACCCCCUUGUCCUGUAGGUUUAUCCCACUUAUCGCUUUACCACUCACCCCCCUUACUCCUCCCUCCUUUUGUUUCUGGUUUGUUUUCUUCCACUUGCUGCGUGAGGUAAUUUCUUUGUCGUAUGGUCUCGUCUAUUGAGUUGUCUGUCAAUCACUCCCAACAGUGGGGAAUUACUCACUCCUAAGGCUGCUGGGCAAAAUGAGUCGUCAUCUCACACAUGCUUAGUUAGAGGCUGGCUGCCAAAGAGUUCCCUCCCUCAACAUGACCUUACAGUAAUAAUGUUAGAGCAGUCUAAAUCCAAGCUAUUUGGAGCUGCUUUUUAUAUCAUCUGAGUUGGAUUCCUAACAUGUAAAUCUGUUUAUACUUACACAUAAAAAUACACUUUUUUUUGUAAUCACAGUGGCGAUAACCUCUACAUUCUCCCUCGGUGGAAUAAAAAUCUCAUCAGCUCAGAUUGGAUUUGCCAAGUCUUGUCUGCACCGAAGACCUAUGCUCUAAAAUUGUCUUCUGGUGAGGUUUGAAAAUGUUACCUGUGCGUGAGACAUUUGUAUUUAAACAAGUAUAUCAAUAAGUCGCAAUAUAGUUUUAAAUAUCCAUUCUUAAUAGAAAUAAUGUAUUACUCUUCUCUCACCUGACUGAGCAAGGCACAUGCAUUCCUAUUGACCAUGCUUCCAAAAGGUAGCUGUUGAGACAUUCCAGACUACAAGAGAUGGGUAGCGUUGUACCAGGGCACUACAAUGCCAUGGCUGGGUGUUGAGUGAUGACAGGAAACGGCUCAGUUUGUCCAGCAGCCACACACAAACUGAAGAGGACAUUCUUAAACAAAGGGUCUCUCUACACCACUCCCCCCCCUCCUGCCCAGAUCUGACACUAAUCUUAAGCUGCUUUCCAGGUCAUAUGUACAUAUGUUGUACUUUAAUUAGGUAGAGCAUUACAUAGUAUGAAAGUCAUAUUUUGUACAGAUGUUCAUGUAUGUACAGAACAAAAUAAAGUCAAAAAUAGUGGA